AUGCUCACUUUUCAUAAUGUCUGCUCAGAACCCAGCUCCUUCCAGCUCACUGGCAUCCCGGGACUGGAGUCCCUGCACAUCUGGCUCUCCAUCCCCUUUGGCUCCAUGUACCUGGUGGCCGUGGUGGGGAAUGUCACCAUUCUGGCUGUGGUAAGAGUGGAGCGUAGCCUGCACCAGCCCAUGUACUUCUUCCUGUGCAUGUUGGCCGUCAUUGACCUGGUUCUGUCCACUUCCACCAUGCCCAAACUGCUGGGGAUCUUCUGGUUUGGUGCUGGCGACAUUGGCUUGGACGCCUGCUUGGCUCAAAUGUUCCUCAUCCACUGCUUUGCCACGGUUGAGUCAGGCAUCUUCCUUGCCAUGGCUUUUGACCGCUACAUAGCCAUCUGUGACCCACUACGUCAUACAACGGUGCUCGCUCAUACUGUGGUGGGACGUUUGGGGCUAGCUGCCCUUUUCCGGGGUGUUCUCUACAUUGGACCCCUGCCUCUGAUGAUCCGCCUGCGGCUACCUCUUUACAAAGCCCGAGUCAUCGCCCACUCUUACUGUGAGCACAUGGCUGUGGUCACCUUGGCCUGUGGUGACAGCAGGGUCAACAAUAUCUAUGGGCUGGGCAUUGGCUUUCUGGUCUUGAUCCUAGACUCAGUGGCCAUUGCUGCCUCCUAUGUGAUGAUUGGCAGGGCUGUUAUGGGGCUGACUACUCCCGAGGCCAGGCUUAAGACGCUGGGGACCUGUGGUUCUCACAUCUGUGCUAUCCUGAUCUUCUAUGUUCCCAUUGCUGUUUCUUCCCUCAUUCACCGAUUUGGUCGCCAGGUGCCUCCUCCCAUCCACACCUUGCUGGCCAACUUCUACCUCCUCAUUCCUCCAAUCCUCAAUCCCAUUGUCUAUGCUGUUCGCACUAAGCAGAUCCGACAGAGAAUUCUCCAGAUCCUGAAGAUAGGAACCAAGAUCAGAUGA